GCGCAUGUUUUGCUCGUCGAUGGCGGCCGUGCGCGUUCUUGCGAACACUCCUUGGGCGCGUUUGUAACGACUACUGGUUCGGAAACUACUUACUUGGGUUUGUUCUUUGUUAGGCGCAUCACCGAAUCUUUGUGAUUACAUAGGAAUGUUCGGCGCUCCUGCGAAACCAACGGGGUUCGGCUUUACCGGAUUUGGCACGGCUACCACGACAGCGGCACCAACGUUCGGGACCGCUACACCUGGGGUUGGGUUCAACAUGACGUUCGGACAGCCUGCUAACACAGCAGCCCCUGGGACGGGGUUCACGUUUGGACAACCGGCAGCGGGCACCGGCACAGGUUUCACAUUCGGCCAGCCGGGCGCGACGACAUUUGGCCAGCCGGCCGCUGCCACGACAACCUCCGGAUUCACGUUUGGCCAGUCCGCAGCUGCCCCCACUGCGGCAACGGGAUUUGGCUUUGGCCAACCAGCGGCCACAACCACCAGUGGGUUCUCAUUCGGUCAGUCGGCUGCCGGUCAACCUGCUGCGGCCACGACAACCCCCAGUUUCACAUUUGGCCAACCAACCACCGCCGCGGCCAGCACCGGCUUUGGCUUCGGCCAGCCAGCGGCAACAGGCACCGGGUUUGGAUUUGGCGCUCAACCGAGCACAGCAGCGCCGACGUUUAAUUUCGGCAGCACCACAGCAACCACUACGGCACCAGCAUUCACGUUUGGAGCUACAACAACAACGGCUAGUAGCACUGGCUUUCAGUUCGGAGGAUUUGGUGCCAACACGACCACAACGCAAAGCAACCCCUUUGGAGGCACUUCACUAUUUUCGACGGGUUUUGGCAGCAGUGCGGCCCCUUCAUUCGGUGGUGCUGCCUCCGCGGCAGGUUCUGCAGCAGCGGCAGCAGCCUCAGCUGCCAGCAACCUCACCAACUUGGCGACGGCACUGUCUCUGCCCGCUGUGUUCAAUGACGAGCGGGACAACAUUUUGGCCAAGUGGAAUCAGCUGCAGGCAUUCUGGGGCACCGGCAAGGGCUACUUCUCGGCUACGGCACCUCCGGUGGUGUUCACUACCGAGAACCCCUUCUGUCGAUUCAAGGCUGUCGGAUAUAGCCGGCUGCCACAAGCCAAGCCAGAGGACGGCCUGUUAGCACUGCUGUUUGAGAAGAAGCUGGAAGAUGUGCAACCAAUGCAGGCGCAGCUGGUGGAGGGCCUUCAGCGCGCAUUGGGCAACAAACCGAACGUUGCUGUCUGUGUCGAAGGUCUCAAGAGCCUCGAUGUCAACAGGUGCGAGCUGGUCGUGUACGUAAUGGAGCGUGCUCCAACGGGACAAACACGGCGGUUUCCCUCCAAUGAAGUGGUGUCGUACCUGGAACAGGCAACCGUGAAGUCCCAGUUGACUAACAUGGGAGUGCACUCUGUAAUCUCCAAGGCGGCCGCCACCAAGGACUGGCUGAAGGUCUACCUCAAUAACCCGCCCUGUGGCAUAGAUACAUUGCUGUGGGAGCAGGCCAAGUUGGACAACCCAGACCCGGAGCGACUCAUCCCCGUGCCAAUGAUUGGCUUUGCUGAGCUUCGCCGUCGUUUCAAGCUUCAGGAGCAUGAGAUCAAGCAACACCAGUGUCGGCUAGAUGCAAUUGCUGAGGACAUCUCUAAGCUCCAAAUUCAGCACACCAAUACAGUAGCAAAAAUUGAAGAGCACAAGAGGAAGCAGCAGAACUUGUACCACAGGAUACUCAAGGUCAUGGUUCACCACGAAGUCAGCCGCAAGAUGGGCUUUGCGAUACAGCCGGAAGAGGAGCAUCUGCGGACAAUGCUGGAGUCCAACCUGGGUGAACUCAGCGCGCCGACACAAUUCAGGGGUCGCCUGAAUGAGCUGAUGUCUCAGAUCAAGCUGCAGAACAACCAGAUGACAUUCACUGACACGACAAUACACUGCAGCCUUGAGCCCAGUUCAUUGAGUCUGCUCAAAGAGCACCUGCAGACUCAGCAGAGGGGCAUCUCUGAGUUGGUGAAGGUUAUCAAGUACGAUCUCGAAGAACUGAAGAAAAUGGAAAGCAGUCUUCAAGGAACGGCUGCUCCAAGAAGAUAGCAGAACAAACAAAUAGGGGAUAGCCAAGAUUCCCAACCUGGAGACUUUCUCGCAGCGUAUACUGCCACUGGAAAGACAAUGUCGCAACUUACGUAUCAGUUGGGACGAUGUAAUCCUUUUCGUGACAUUGUACUCUGCGGAAAAGCCUCAUGCAAUAAAGAUUGCCGAUAGAAUUUUGGAAUAUAUCCCCUGUUAGUGUGUCAGGAUUUGCUGCAUAAGUUUUGAAGAUGAAGCUUAUAUUCUUUUAGCAGCAGUGGUGUAAAUUGUAUUAUAACGUGAGAAUCAGCCUGCCUUCUCGCAGAUGCUAAACCGGUUGUCGUGCAUAAUUGUGCAGUAAAAAAUAUUUCUCUUUUUC